UUGUCUGCCACUGACAGUUGGGUUUCUCCAGGAAGUGGAUCUACAGGGAUUACCGUCUCGUACUUCUGGUUUCUCGCUAAGGCAAGGCAUAUGUGUCUGUCACACACACAUAGUGUACUGGAGUUCACGUAAUGUAUAAAGAUACUUAUCUUGGUUGUAUGGGUAAUUGAGUUUAAAGCUUAUGUACCUCAUGAAGAUCAUUAAGGCUGCUAUAACUUGCUCACUACUAGUCUAGAAUACUCAGGUCACUAAAAUAAAGAUUAAAGUAAACAGCUCUCGAUUUACUGAGGAAAUCCACAUUGAUACAGUAACACAGUGUAGAAAGAGACUGUAUUUCGAUCACCGUAGAUCUUCUUCAGCUGAUGAACGUCAAAAUAUGGUCUCUUUUUAGGCAAUGUUUUUGUCCGCAUACGUGUUUCCUCAACUCAUCCACUAGUGUCUAUUACACUGUGACACUGCAACAUCUCUCAGUGUAUAUGUUUGCUUAAUAUUAGUAACUUCGUAAAAAAUGGCUGUAACAUUAAUGUUAAUUAAUGAUAUAUUGAUUAAUGUAAAUAUUAAUAAAUGUAGAUAUUAAUUAAUGUAAAUAUUGAUUCUUACAAGUAUUGAUUAACGCAAAUAUUGCUUUUGUUAGCUAGCAUUUGUUGGCAUUGAUACCAUCAUAAAUGUCCAGGAAAGGUCGCAAUGAGCUACUGUCGGAUAAUAAUCGGAAUAAUGGACUGGGGACUCGAACCGUGGUUCAUGGAAGCAGCAGGCCCAGUGACGCAACCACUCUGCCACAAAGCUUACAGUAUGAUGAUUUAACAACCAGCAUUCAUAUAACAUAGUUGCAUCAACCGCACCAAUAUUCACCCUAAAGUCUCAUCCCACACCCCCAGAAGCUUUCAUGGCACAUUUGUUCUCCUGAGAAUCUAUUCUACAUCUAGAUACAUUUGCAUCUGUAUCUAUUCUACAUCUAUUUUCAUGGAUGCAGAAUAGGUACAAAUAUACCAUGAAAGCUUCUGGGACUGUAGGAUAAGACAGUAGUGUCACAGUUGAUGCCUCUGAUACAACCAUGCAACAGAAGUGCUCUUGUAAAAUCAUCCAAUUGUAUGCUCUGUGACUGCGUGGGUAGAACGUUCGACCUGCUAUGUGCACGGUUCAAGGUUCGGGUCCCAGUCCAUUCUUCUAUUUACUCAUGUGUUGUUAUAAUCAAUAUUUCACUAUUGCUUUACAGGGAGCUGUAGCAAUAGCAGUCCUUAAAAAAUUUAUUAAAGAUGCAACAGGCGCGUCAGACGACCUAACAGAUCUGGUUAAUGGCCCAGACGAUCCUUCAGACCCUUCUCAAACGCCGUCUUCUCAACAAGAUCCUCAAACACCGCUCUCUCAGCAAGGUCCUCAGAUACCAUUCUCUCAACAAGGUCCUCAAAAUCCAUUCUUUCAACAAGGUCCUCAGAGCUCAUUCUUUCAACAAGCUCCUCAAACUUCAUUCUUUCAGCAAGCUCCUCAAACACCAUUCUUUCAACAAGCUCCUCAAACACCAUUCUUUCAACAAGCUCCUCAAACACCAUUCUUUCAACAAGCUCCUCAAUCUCCUUUCUUUCAACGGCGCGACCAUCGAGCCGUCGAGAGCGCGCUAGAAAAGCUAGAUGAAGUGCAGAAGAUGAUGUUGACGGCAGCCACCCAUUUGGAUACUGACGGCUGUGUGCUGAAGCUUCUGUGUUACCUCCACAACAAGCAGCGAGAUUCUCGUUCUCUGGAGGAAAACCUUCUUCUCCAGCUGUUCUUCAGCAGCUCAGAGAAGCUAUCCCGCAGUGCUAGAGGGGUGGGUGAUCAGAUCACAUGCGACCAGGUGUUCCCCAAGUGUCCCCUGGGAAAGGAAGAACUUAGUAGUCUUAUGGUACAGACGUCAGGCUGCGGCAGCUUGACUUUCUGAUCUGUGUAGUAGAAUAUUCGUGAAGGUAACUUUAAUAUACUUAACCAGAACUUGCAUGAUUUCCGUUUUGCCCUUCGAGGAAGUAAAGUACAGGCUGCCUUUCCAUGAAUUUUAGAACAACUGGAAGGAUUUAACAUCAUGGAGACAUGGAUCGUGAUGUGUUAAGGUUGAUGAGUGAAGGGUGAUUACUAUCUGACGAUCAUCAUAAAUCUGUAUACUGAAAAUGAGGACAUUUACAUCGUCAGUGACCGCCGUCAGUGCCAACUGUUCAGUGACACACCAAAGGUGUGGUGUCUAUAAGCCUCCAUGAGUAAGGCAGGAGAGGCACCGCAAAAAUGUAUGCGCCGUCUCUGCUGUUUCUUUACUGUGCACUCGCAGAUCAUCCCUGUGAGUUGUGAUACCAAAAAGGAUAACUCUAGCUCUUAGUCAGACCCUAUUUGAUAGUACAUUUUAAUACAUCUGAAACCCGAAGUUAGGUAAGAUUCGUCAGGAAACAUGACAAGUGUUUCCUGACGAGGAUCUUAGUCAUAUGAUGACCAGCCACUGGAGCUUUUGGUCAUCUGACCGGGGCCUUUCCCUGGCUUACCCGGCCACCCCUUCAAAAAUUAAGGUUAUAAUUAUAUCCUAAUUAGUCCUAGUUUUUAUCCAAGCUUUAUCUAGAGAAAUAACAAACAUGUGAUUUGACUUCAAUUUGAAAUUAUAUUUAGAAUCUUGGGAUUGCAUCCACAUAUUCCUAAAUAAUUAACAAAUUAUAUAAAUACUGCGUACUGCAAAAAUUAAAUUAUUGUAAAUAUUAAAUAACUGUAAUUUAGACAUUAUAGUCACUUCAUCUGCAUAUUAGUUUCAUGUAGUUUGUUAAUUAUUCUAAAUGUAAUAUAUGGACGCAGUCUCAAAAUUUUUUGAUAACAUUACUGAUGAAGUCAUUGUAUCAUUUAAUUAAGUGGAAUUUAAUCACAUCUUAGUUAAUUGUUUAGUAGAUUGCUCAAAUGUGGAUGAAACUCUUAAGUUCUACAUACGUCAAAAUUUGCGAUUAAGUGAUUUGAAAUCACCAAAAUCUAAAAGUGCGGAUUUAUCGGCGAAUUGUUCCAGCCACGGAAUUACUAAUUUUUUCCUCAAGUGGUUUGAAAUUCCAUUUGGUUUGCUUGAACUAAUUUGUAAAGCCAAAUUAGAUCAUAUCAAAUCUACAUUUAUAGGAACAUCACAGGGAUAGGUAUGACACCUAGGAGUCGAUGGAAAUGAUCUACGGUACGUAUGGGGUUAGAACCCAUGGCAAAUGAAUCGUAAAACUUCAGGCCGCUAGCUAGUAAGCCACUGGCCAGCUGGCUACAAUAAGAUUCAUCCAACUAAAUAUAUCUCUACACUACAGGGAGGUUAGCAUGGGCCUCCACUGUGACUUGCGCACCCAGGUGGAGUUUUAUGACUCACUUGUCAUGGGUUCUAACCCCACCAGUACCCUGGUUUGUUUGACAUCGUAUUAUUAAGAUUUCGUGAGUCAUGCAUGGAAGCAUUGUUCACUAAACCCAUUUUGUGCUCAGCAUAUCGAUCAGUAUUGAGUCUCUGGACAACAUACAACAUAGUGUUCUAGUAUGUGACCCGCGUGUGUUUACUCACUUGACAUUAUAUAUGACUGACAUUGCUAUAUAAACUGAUCUGCCAAAUAUAUUUAUAUCCUAGUCUUAGUCUACCAGUGACACGAUUUUGUAUUUUAUUGAUGGAAAACUAGACACAAAUGCUGUAUAAUGCGAUCCUUUACUGACUAGGUUUCGCCCACACACAGUGGGCUUUAUCAAGACGCAAACAGACGUUUGUGACUUGAUAUAGCACAUUGUGUGGGCGAAACAUUGUCAGUAAAGGAUUGCAUUAUGCUACAGUUGUGUCUACUUU